CUGGCUUGUAGUCUUUGGGGACUGAGCCACCUGGGUUAUGUGAGUUUGGGGAAAGCUGGCUGGUGAAAAGGUCUGAGAAGUCAUCAAUUACUACAUGAUCGACCAUGAAUGCUAGUGGGCCAGGAUAUCCAUUAGCCUCUCUCUACGUGGGUGAUUUACAUCCAGAUGUGACUGAAGCCAUGUUAUAUGAGAAAUUUUCACCUGCUGGACCAAUUAUGUCCAUCAGAGUUUGUCGAGAUGUCGCCACACGCCGAUCGCUAGGUUAUGCAUAUAUAAAUUUUCAGCAGCCUGCUGAUGCUGAGCGAGCCUUGGAUACAAUGAAUUUUGAAGUGAUAAAAGGUCGGCCCAUUCGCAUCAUGUGGUCUCAGCGAGAUCCAGGACUCAGGAAAUCAGGUGUUGGGAACAUCUUUAUCAAGAAUCUGGAUGAUUCUAUUGAUAACAAAGCCUUGUAUGAUACCUUCUCAGCCUUUGGGAAUAUCCUUUCUUGCAAGGUUGUCUGUGAUGAAAAUGGAUCCCGAGGUUAUGGCUUUGUCCAUUUUGAGACCCACGAAGCAGCAAACAGAGCUAUUGACACAAUGAAUGGAAUGUUGCUCAAUGACCGCAAAGUCUUUGUUGGUCAUUUUAAGUCUCGACGAGAGCGUGAAGCAGAAUAUGGAGCCAAGGCUCUGGAAUUCACUAAUGUUUACAUCAAGAACUUUGGAGAUGACAUGAAUGAUGAGAGACUGAAGGAAAUUUUCUCAAAAUUUGGAAACACACUGAGUGUCAAAGUCAUGGUGGAUAAUACAGGCCGUCCGAAAGGUUUUGGGUUUGUCAACUUUGAGAAACAUGAAGAAGCUCAAAAGGCUGUUGAUGACAUGAAUGGGAAGGAGAUCAAUGGCCGAAUGUUAUAUGUUGGCAGAGCUCAGAAGAGGAUGGAACGUCAGAGUGAGCUGAAACGUAAAUUUGAGCAAAUCAAACAGGAAAGAGUAAGCAGAUACCAGGGAGUAAAUCUUUAUGUAAAAAACUUGGAUGAUGGAAUUGAUGAUGAACGACUGAGGAAGGAAUUUUCCCCCUAUGGAACCAUCACUAGUGCCAAGGUGAUGACAGAGGGUGGACACAGCAAAGGUUUUGGGUUUGUAUGUUUUUCCUCCCCAGAAGAGGCUACUAAGGCUGUGACUGAAAUGAAUGGGAGGAUUGUCAGCACCAAGCCUUUGUAUGUGGCCCUUGCUCAGAGGAAAGAAGAACGAAAAGCUAUUCUCACCAACCAAUACAUGCAGAGGCUGGCUACCAUGAGAGCCUUGCCUGGACCACUCCUCUGCUCUUUCCAGCCUCCUGCAGGAUAUUUUAUGCCCUCCAUUCCACAGCCACAACCCAGAACAACCUUCUACAGUCCUAGUCCAGUUGCUCCAGUCCGUCCUGCCCCACGUUGGAAUGCUCAACCUUCCAGGCCUCCUUUAUCCUAUCGCACAGCUACGCCAGUCCUGAGGACAAGUGCACCUCCUAGGCGCCUGCUCUCCAACAUCAGCACUAUGAGACAAGCAUCCACUCAAGUUCCCAGGAUACCACCCAAUGCCCAAAGAGUAGCCAACAUAGGAACCCAGACUGUCAGUGCUCGGGCACCCUCAUCACCAACUUUUUCACGCGGUGUCUCACAAUACAAAUACUCUUCAGCAGUGAGGAAUGUCCAAGCUCUGAGCACAGUAACACCCAUGCCAAUGCAGCAGGUUUUAGAACCAGCUGUUCACAUCCAUGGCCAGGAACCUUUGACUGCCUCUAUGUUGGCUGCAGCCCCUCCUCAGGAGCAGAAACAAAUGCUUGGUGAACGACUUUACCCGUUAAUUCAUGCAAUGCACCCCUCCCUUGCUGGGAAGAUCACAGGCAUGCUUCUGGAGAUAGAUAACUCUGAGUUAUUGCUUAUGCUGGAGUCACCGGAAUCCCUGCAUUCUAAGAUAGAAGAAGCAGUUGCUGUACUGCAAGUACACCAGAUGUCGGAAGUAUCACAUAAGAGUAACUCAGCAGCAUUCCUUCAAUGACGAAGGGGAGAAAAGAAAAUGGACAGUCUUGCUGAAGAGAGCGGCACCAAGGCAGGAAAGCUUCCUUUGUUGGCUGUAAAAGUAUUGUAGUUUUCUGCAUAAUAUGUCUAGACAAGUUAAUGCAGAUAUCUAGCCUAAACUGCAUGACACUUUCUUUUGUGCACUUAAAUUUCUCUGCAAAUUUCUUUUCCCACUAACAUUGUGUUUAUGUUUAUAUGGUAUUUAUUUAUAUAUAUAUUUAUUCAUUCAUUUGCAAAUGCUGUUCUGGUAACCCUAGUAGGUGAGGGAUGUUUUGACAAUGAAUUUCAAACAAAAGGAAAAAUGGAACAAGGUGGUUCCUUUGCAGUGUUGAUUUAAAAAGUUAUGUUCUAAGUUUUGGUGCUUUUUAGUAGCUUUAAUCUACUGGGGCAUUCAAUAAUGUUUUAUUUGUUGCUGCUGUUGACAUAAAAGUUCUGAAGCUUCACUUCAUCAG